CUCCAUCCAUCAGUCAAGAUGUCGCCGACGUUCCUCCCGGCAUUGAUGAUGGUUGUCUCUCAGGGUGUGCUGAUAUAUGCCCAGGAAGCACGUUUACACAAGAACCCUUGGAUUCAGAAGUUUUCCAGCAAACCGAAGAACAAUUGUGUUCCUCACAAAGAAUUUGCCACUUGUACUGUUCAGCCAGACCCAAGCGCUCCUUACAAGUUGACAGGCGCUGUACGCUUCGCUCAAACAGAUUAUUGUGGUUACCAUGGUUACCUGUUGGUCUCGGUCAAUCUGAAAGGUUUCCCGCUGUCUGAUCCCUUGACGAAACAUGGAUACCAUGUGCAUGAAUAUGGUGACCUCUCCAACGGAUGCACAAGUACGGGGGGUCACUACAAUCCGCUCAACAUGACUCACGGGGCUCCCUAUGACGAAAUACGACACGUCGGUGACUUUGGGAAUAUUCCGGCCCAUGAUGGUCUAGUUAAACACUACCAUCGGGACCGGAUUGCAAGUCUUUUUGGACAUUACUCUAUACUAGGAAGAGCAAUCGUGGUUCACGCAGGAACUGAUGACCUCGGGAGAGGUGGGGACCCUUCCAGCAAGGAAAACGGAAAUGCUGGAUCCAGACUGGCCUGCUGUGUCAUUGGGUAUGGAGAGGAGUGGUAUGCAGCAGACGAAGAGUAACUGAUUUAUUCUGGAGAAACUGUCAGCAUAAACACGAAUAAUGAAUAGUUAUACCGAACUGCAAAACGAAAUGUGUGACCCUAUCGUCGUUACAUCUUAUCCGAAGCUCAACACCUGAACAUUGGACAGAUAGUAUGAAUAUUGUAUACAGUUAUAUGGCUUUGCCAUAUCGAUCUGGUUAGUUUUCUUUGAAAGUUAUCAAAGGGAGCUUACUUCUGUUUAUGUAUAUAAACAUAUGGAUCCCUGCUUUCUCGAACAGUUGAUCAAUUGUAUUUCACAAUUAUUUACUGAUUACAUAACUAACUAAACUAAAUUUACUUCA